AUGGCUACUGUGGGAUGGUUGGGGUUAUGGGGCAGCUUCCGAGGUGGCACGUGGGAUUGUGCACCGCCAAUGUUUCUGCUAGAGCCUACAAGUGCCCUGGACGGAGGCCUAGAGUACCCCGCUCUCCAUCUUCAUCCCACCGUCGCUGUCCUCGACACCACCUCGUGCCUCCUUCAACCAAACCCGGGCUAUUUUGGUGAGCUGAACGCUCUCUCACUCCCACCCCGCGAACCGCGCCGCUCAAACUAUUUGUACAAGGAUCGGUUCCACCCCCGGAAUCCUUCGGCAAUAUUUACGGGAAGGAUUCACUGAAGCGGUGGCCUGUCUCUGCAUCUCG